CUAUAACUGCUACUUUAGAUGUAUAUAUAAUCUGACGGUGUAUGAGGUGAUAAAGUCACUACAAAUGCAUACUUAGGGGUGCAGCCUUGGAAAGAAUCAAUCUUUGGUUGGAUGGUAUAAGUUCCAUGAAUUCAGUUGCAUCUGAUUUUACAUAUACUAAGAUAUGACAACAAAAAGUCACUUCCGAGAUUGCAAAGAAUGGAUGGACGAAGGACUGGGCAUGAGUACGACUAGUAACGAGGCUGUUAAACUUUACGACCACGCCCUGCAUCAGUUGAUGAGUCAUACACCCGACCUUGAAACUGGCGGUAUUAUGGGUGCCAUUGAGAAAAUGUUGUGUGCUGAUGCAGAAUUUGCGAUGGGUAAGGUGUUGAAAGCCGGCUUUCAAUGCAUGUCAGCUGGAUCUCGUCUUGACCCAAAAGUGAAAGAAAUUGGUAAAGAUAUGAAUCGUAUGGUGCAUGAAAAUUCAACGUUGAACGAUCGAGAAAAACUACACUGUGCUGCUAUUAUCGAAUGGACCAAUGAAAACGUCGCUAAUGCUUGCAAGAAAUGGGAAGAGAUUUUGUUUGCGUAUCCGUGUGACACAUUGGCUUUAUCUUUCUCCUACUUAGGCUACCUAACAACAGGAAAAUCAGCCAUGCUUCGCGACAGUGUUGGAAGGAUUUUGAAUCAGUGGAAUGACAAGGAUCCUUGGUAUGGUUACAUACUCAAUCGUUACGCAUUCGGUUUGGAAGAAACAAAUCUGUUUGACCAGGCUGAGAGAGUCACGAAGGAAGGUUUAGGCUUGAUACCAAACGACUCUUGGGGAAUUCACACAAAUGCCCAUAUCUAUGAAUCGACAUGCCAGUUCUCAAAAGGUGUUGAUUUUUUAUGUAGAACAGCGCCUGAUUGGAGUGUUAAUAACACAUUGGCUUGUCAUAACUACUGGCAUUUAGGAUUGUAUUACAUCGAAAAGGCAGAAUACGAAAACGCCCUGACACUCUACGAUGACCAUAUCGCUCCCGCGUUUAAAAAAAGUGGAAUCGCGUUUAAUUUAAACGAUGGCUGUCAACUGUUGCAAAGGUUUGAAUUUGAGGGCGUUGAUGUCGGCGACAGAUGGGACGACUUGUAUGCAACGUAUAAACCAUGCAACAUGCAGCAUAUGUCGUGUUAUAACGAUUCGCAUAUGUUGCUCUCCUUCUUAAAGUCAAAAAUUGCAAAGAACGACGGGAAAAGUAAGGACGACUUUUUGACAUCUGUGAAGGAGUAUGUCAACAAUUCUGCUGGGGAUAAUAAUCGUUUAACUCGAGAAGUGGGACUUGGAUUGUUUGAUGCAUUUAUAGCGUUUACUGAGGAAAGAUACAGCGAUGCUGUGGAAUUAUUGUUUCCAUUGAAACAUGAGUUUAUCAGAUUAGGCGGAAGUCAUGCACAAAGAGAUAUGUACGACCAGUUUCUUUUGAAUGCUUGUAUCCGUUCCUCGGUGCGAAAACAUCACGAAAUUGGGAGAGGUUUAAUUCACGAGCGUAAGCUGUUGAAACCAGUAUCACCUCUCACUGAUAGAAUGUUGGAAAAACUGGUUUCGGCGCAUUUUUAAUAAACAUUUUUCAUAUCUGCGCGAUAUGUUUAUUUUAAUCUAAUUUUUAUCUCGGUAGUAAUUUAGAAACCAUCAGUGGUCGCUUUUUUGGUACUUUUUUUACCUCAAUCAUCUGUGUUGACUCCAUUUCUUUCUGACGAGCACUAAAACUAUAAACCAACUCGAGUCACUAAAAAAUUAAUUUUCUCAAAUAUUUGUUACCCUUUUGAUUAAGAAAUUUAAAUUAUAUAUAUUUAGUUCAUAUUUGCAGAUUACUUCUUGGAUUUUUGUAUUAUGAUAUCAAUUUUUUUGGUCAAUGAAUUGUUAUCUUCCUUCUUAACGAAUUCUUUAGGCCAUCUAUAUUCGUUUUAUUUGCAAAACAUCUACAUAUCCACCGCAUACUGCGGCGCUGUUUAAAACUAUAAAAUUACAAUGAAUAAACUUUUAAAGAUUCAUAAUUAAAGUCAACAAAAGCAACUUACAAUGUGUUGACCUGACUCAGCCUAAUUUUUAAUCUCAUAAGAUCUUGUCCUACAAACAGUUUUUCUACCCCUUGGAACAGUGAAAAGAUUGUGCAAGAAUAUAAACUCAAUAUGAAGAGUAAUAACAUUUCUUUUAUAAACAGUUUUUACAUUUUUGAUGUACAAAUAAAUUAAUUAAAUAAAUAAGUUAGAAAUAG